CUUUGCAGUGGCGGCGUAACUGCCUUAAUCACAGGAACGCGUCAUAAAUAUUACUCUGAUUACAUCUCUUUGACUGGUGGCCAUGGCCACCACCGCCACCUUCAGCCGCCUCGUGCGCCGCUGCACCCGCUACGCCCUGGGCGGGCUGGCCGCUCUCGCAGCACCGCUCGCACGCUGCGAAGAGCGAAAGGAAGAGCCCUUCUCGAAAAUCCUCGACGACGCCGCCGCCGGAAAAGUGCAAGCGGUCCGCGUCGGCGCGGACCGCUGCGAGAUCACGCUGAAGAGCGGCCGCAGCUACGACGCCAAGCACGUCCCGUGGCUGGGCACGGACUGGCUCGCGACGCGUCUGCGGGAACACGGCGUCCGGUUCGGCGCGCUGACGGUGCCGGAGCUGACGCGCGACGAGAAGCGCCGCGCGGUCGCCAAGGGCUUGUUCGCGGUGCUCGCGCCGGUCGCCUAUUUGUAUUUUGCCUACCGGAUCCUCAUGAAGGCCUCGCGGGGCCCGCACCAGGACGAAUCUGUCGCGAACCAGUACGAGCGGAAGAAGCAGCGGAAGCGGGGCUUCGCGGGCGUCGCGGGCGUCGACAAGGCCCUGCGCGAGCUGCGGGAGGUCGUGGCCUGUCUGCGGGACCCGGCGGCCUUCGCGCGCAUCGGCGCGCGGUGCCCGCGCGGCAUUUUAUUAACGGGGCCGUCGGGCACGGGCAAGACGCUGCUCGCGCGCUGCGUCGCCGAGGAGGCCGACUGCGAGUUCCUGUCGUGCUCGGGCUCGGCCUUCGUCGAGUUGUUUGUAGGGCGGGGCUCGGCGCGCGUCCGCAACCUGUUCGCGAAGGCGCGGUCGCUCGCGCCGUGCGUCGUGUUCAUCGACGAGAUCGACGCCAUCGCCAAGGCGCGCGGCAUGCUCUCGCACAACGACGAGCGCGAGCAGACACUGAACCAGAUCCUCUGCGAGCUCGACGGCUUCGAGGCGAAGGACGACGACGCCGCGGCCGCGCCGCUCGUCGUGCUCCUCGCGGCGACGAACCGGCCCGAGAUCUUGGAUGAUGCGCUCGUGCGGCCGGGUCGCCUCGACCGCUGCGUCGUCGUGCCGCUGCCCGACGAAGCCGGGCGGCGGGAGAUAUUGAAAGUGCACGCCGCGCGCGUGCGCCUCGCGCCCGGCGUUUCUCUGGACCGCGUCGCGGCGCGCGCGGACGGCUUCUCGGGCGCGGACCUCGCGAAUGUGGUGAAUGAGGGCGCGCUGCUGGCCGUGCGCGGCAGCGCCGACGCCGUCACCACAGAACACCUCCUCGACGCCGUCGCCAAGGCGCAGGAGGCGAAGCGGGCGACGCGUCGGCGCGGGUUCGAACUCGUUCCUGAAGCCGAUUAGAUUGUAACACAGGAUUCUUAUACGGGAAA